UCUGUUGUAUUUGGUGGUGGUAAUGAAAGAAUACACGAACAUCAAGAUAUUUCGACAUUUAUAAGCAAGUCUUUGCCUAAGAAGUUUUGUGUUUUUAAUUAUGUUAAUUAGUGCCCUUCAGGCUUUUAGUUUUGAUCAAAGUACUGAAAUAUAUAGUGAAGAAGAUAUGCCAGCUAUAAUGAGCAAUACAACGAAUUCAUUAUUAAGUAGUAAACGUUCCGCCAGUAGCGUGUCCGAGGCCGAUUGCUAUAACAUGUCUCUGGGCGCCGGGCCUCUGUGGUGGUCCGAUGCCCCUGGGGAAGCCAGGGGUUCGUCGCCGCCUCCUUUGCGGCUAACUUUCCGCACCGCCCGCCAACCCUGGGAGGCAGUACUUAAAGGACGCACGCUCUACAUAGCGCUACCUCCGCAAGUACUACCCGAGGGUUCCCGCGAGGCGUUCGUCGGGCUUCUCGAGGCUGCCGAAGAGCAACUCAAAUGCGAGCAUGUAGUCGUGGUUUUUGCCGCCGACAGACCAGACAGGGCCGUAUUAGUCCGGACUUUUAUGUUCUUGGGCUUCGCGGUGUUGGCUCCAACGUCUCCGUUAGUACCGCCAUCUAUGGCUAACGGCAACGUGUGCAUGCUCUACAAUAUCGAAUGAAACAGUUGCUAUAAAUAAGCCUCGGACGUCACCGAGUUUUGUUCACGUUUUCAUUAUUUAAAUUAGAUAUUGUAAUUAGAUUCGAUGAUGUUUUGCAAUUUUAACUAAUUCCUCAUUCAAGGGGAAAAUAUUUAUCAUAAUUUUUUCAAUAAAUAUAUAAAAUUUUCUUUGCACUUCAUCAUCGGAUAAAUUUUUUCUUAAAUUAGUUGUGAGGUAAAUUAGCAGGUUUACGGUAAGCACAGCUCCUAGAAUGAAAUUUCUCUUUAUCGUAAUCAAUUUACAGUUUUUAAUCAAAAAUUUUCAAUUGAAUUUUUAUUUUCUAUGUUCGUAUGUUAUGUUAACUUUCAGGUGCUGUGUUUCUACAUCAAUUUACAUUUAGGUUAAGAUUUGAUUGAAAUUUUUAAAUGCUAUAUCUAUAUGCUUACGUAGUUUUAACUGGAAUGUGAACAAAACUAGACGAAAAAUAAUCAUUUAGUGUGGAAAGUUUAUUACGCCCCUAUAUAUUACGAAAAAAUUUAAAAAAAAUUUGAAAAUGAUUAAAAAAUUUGAAAAAAAAACACGAGUUUGUAUUGUUUUAGGUUAGGUUUCAUUUUAUUCUUGAAUAAUACACUAUCAUCUUUUAGGGUUAGGUAAUAAUUUUAGUUUUUAUUUUCUGUGUAUUUCUUACGUAAUAAAAUAGUUGAUAUUCAGUA